AUGUCUGGCUCGAUUGAUAUCCGUCUUAAUCGACAAACAAAAACCUAUAGUGAGAACGAUAUUAUUCAAGGAGCCGUCAUAAUUUCAACACCAUCAGCAUUCAAACAUAAUGGUAUUACAAUAACAGUUGAUGGGUCUGUUCAGUUACAUCUAAGUGGAAAAAGUGUUGGUGUUUUUGAAGCAUUUUACAAUUCAACUAAACCUGUUGCACUGAUUACUCAAGUGAUUGAAUUAUCUAAACCAGGUCAUAUAUCAAAUUCAAAAACGGAAAUUCCUUUUCAAGUACAAUUAAAAGGUCGACCGAAUAAACCCCUAUAUGAAACAUAUCACGGAGUUUUUGUUAAUAUUCAAUAUUUUCUUCGUGUUGAUGUCAAACGAACAUUUCUUUCAAAAGAUAUGAGUAAACAAAUUGAAUUUAAUGUUGAAUAUAGUCCGGAACAUGAAUUAGCUGCUGAAAAAGCAUCAGUAAAACCAGCUGCUUUUGAAAUGACAUCCGAUUCAAUAAAAACAAUUCAAAAUGUAAGUGCUUGA